GAAGUACUCCGUACAUCGACCGGAAAUAACGAUGACGAGUCCGGUCAAGGGAGAUAUAAAUAGCCAGGGGACAUCAGCCUAGGAUGGCAUGCGGUUGGAUGCGAUAAGCACCAAAGACACCAAGGAUCUCACCAAGGAGCGACUAACCUCGCGCUUGCGGCUGCCCCUCCUUAUUUCAUCCGUCAAAUUAAACCAGCCCAGCGAGAUAGGAUGGGCGCGAUGAGGCCAUCUGUCAGCAUGCUGCGACUACGUUAUUUAACUGAAUGCUUUUUUCCAGAUGCAUCAGUUUCCACCACUUUCGUUCUUGCAUCGCUGACCUCGAGAAUUGGACGUUAGCAACACCAAUCAACACCAUCAAUCACCACCACCACCACCGAAUCGCACCGAGUCCAGCGCCUGCGUGCCUGCAACAUCAUCAAAAUGGCGUCGCAAGACACUUUCCAGCUCUACUCGUUUUACAACUCCUCCUGCUGCCAGCGGAUUAUCAUCGCCGCUCACCUCAAAGGCAUCCCUCUUGAAUUCGCCUACCUGAAUCUCGGGGCGCGAGAACACCAGGGGGACGAAUACAAGGACGCGCUGAACCCGAGUGGUAGCGUGCCAACGCUAGUCAUACACCACCCCGAUGGCGAGAAGACCAUCAUCCGACAGUCCAUGACCAUUUUGGAGUACUUCGACGAGCGCUUCCCCGACACAAACCCUCUCCUGCCACCCGCCUCGGCGUGGAAGGAGCGCAUCCAGAUCCGCGACCUGGUCAACAUCAUCGCGAUUGACGUCCAACCUGUCACAAACUCUCGCAUCUGUAAACGACUGAGGGCCGUGCGAGAUAACGUCGAUGAUCAGAUUAACUUCGCCAGACAGGUGUUCACGGAUGGUCUCACUGCCUACGAGGCGUUGCUCUCCCCAUCGAGCAAAUACUCGUUCGGCGACCAAGUCACCCUGGCUGAUGUGGUCCUGGUUCCUACCGUCGAUCAGGCCAUAAUGUACAAAACCCCGUUGGACUUCGCGCCAAAUGUCAAGAGGGUGUAUGACUCGCUGAAAGAACUGGAGUCGUUCAAGGCUGCCGAUUACAGAAGGCAGGGCGAUACCCCGGAGCAGAUUAGGCUGCCUUGAAAACGAGGUUAAAUGUUGCAGCAUGCAUGCGUGACUCGGGUUUGAGCUGUCACAUCAUGUACAAACACGUUUGCCCGUUCCGUUCCUGUUGCAUGGCAAAUUUACACAUCUGUGUCGAGAGCUUAUCCAACCACGCCAUAACCAGCCGUAAGACAGUGCACAGCGCAUUGCUGACAGAUACUAGCGAAUUUUA